ACCACCAUCUUCGGCUCCUUUGUCUUCUGCUGCAGUUCCCUCCACCAUCUCUCUCUCUCCUUAUAACCUUGUGCUGUUUGUCUCUCUCUCUCCUGGUGAUUCCUCUCCCGUCCACAAAUGAUACUACCAAGGCGUAGCCACAGGUUCUUCAAGUUCAGAAUCUCCAGCACCCACCUCCUCCUCAGCGAUCACUCCCUCCUCUGAUCUCGACAUACAAAGAUCUCCCUCCCUCUCUCUCUUGCACGAAACUUCGUCCUCGUCCACAUAUCGGACACCCCCAGCUCCUUUCUUUUCUUACUUUUGGAACCCGGAUUCUCCUCCUGGUCCCCUCUCAUCUAAUUGCCUCCACUGUGCCCGGCGCUCCGCGCACAGGUCCUUUCUUAAGUUUCCUCCUCGUCCUCAUUACUACAUAUAUCGCGAAGGAGAAUUAUCGGUCGCCCGGAAAGACAAAUGAUCAACAAGGACUACGAGUUCUCGCGCGGCGUGGUGGAAAUGGCAUGGAUCAUGCUCAGCGUCGAUUACUCGAGGCUCUUCUGGCUGUUGUUCGGGGUCUUCUCCUAUGAGAAUCACGAAGGAAAGCCUCGGAUCUUCUUCUAGCGACCGCUCCCCUCUUCCCGUCCUUAGAAAAGUUUGUCCGUCCGCAGUAGUAAUAAAAGUAGUCGUAAUUCUCGCUUCUUCUCGAUCUCUAGCUUUAGUGAAUAAGAUAAAAAGUAUUUGGUAAGUGUUGGAAGACAAGAGCCUUCUCGAGAGGCUUGUUUGGAAUCGCCGUCAGCCAUGCAGAGGAUCGCAAGGGCCGCCGGAGGGUGUUUGGAUGCGGCAAACGGGUGGCCGGAGUAUGCCGAGACCGACCCAACCGGUCGAUACGGACGCUUUAGGGAGGUCUUGGGCAAAGGAGCGAUGAAGACGGUGUAUAGGGCAUUUGAUGAAGUGCUUGGAAUGGAGGUGGCUUGGAGCCAAGUGAAGCUCCACGAUGUUUUCCGCUCGCCAGAGGACCUCCAGAGACUCUACUCGGAGGUUCACCUCCUGAAGAAUCUCAAUCACGAGUCCAUCAUGAAGUUCUACACUUCAUGGGUCGAUCCCGAUCGGAGAACCUUCAACUUCAUCACCGAGCUCUUCACCUCCGGCACCCUCCGAGAGUAUAGGAGGAGGUAUCAAGGAGUGCACAUGCUAGCAAUUAAGAACUGGGCUCGCCAAAUCCUGAAGGGCCUCGCUUACCUCCAUAGCCAUGAUCCUCCAGUCAUACAUAGAGACCUCAAGUGUGACAACAUCUUUGUCAAUGGCCAUCUCGGCCAAGUCAAGAUCGGCGAUCUCGGUCUGGCCACUAUUCUUCGUGGAUCUCAACAUGCCCACAGCGUCAUAGGUACACCAGAGUUCAUGGCACCAGAACUGUACGAGGAAGAGUACGAUGAGCUAGUUGACAUAUAUUCCUUUGGCAUGUGCUUGCUUGAGAUGUUCACUUCCGAGUACCCGUACAGCGAGUGUUCGAACCCGGCUCAGAUAUACAAGAAAGUCACUUCGGGAAAGUUACCGGAGGCCUUUUAUCGGAUUCAAGAUGACGAAGCACGAGAGUUCAUCGGGAAAUGUCUGAAGAAGGCGUGCGAUAGAUUGCCCGCUCGAGAGCUCUUAUUGGAUCCCUUUCUUGCCUCCGAUGAUGGAGGACAGCUCCUGCUCGCGCCAAAAGCUUCAAGUGGAAGUUCGACUCCUAAAUCAACGGCGGCAGCAACGGAUUUAACGGUGCCACCAAUAAUUGUGGCCGAUCCUUUGAGGAAUACUGACAUGACUAUCACGGGUUCUAUGAAUUCGGAAGAUGACGCCAUCUAUCUCAGAGUGCAAAUUACUGAAAAAGAUGGACAUGCAAGAAACAUAUACUUUCCCUUUGAUAUCGUGAAUGACACUGCACUAGAUGUCGCUUUGGAGAUGGUAAGGGAACUGGAAAUUUCCGAUCGGGAGCCGAUAGAGAUCGCCAAGAUGAUUGAAGAGGAGAUAUCUACUCUCGUUCCGACGUGGAAAAGAUCCAGCCUCCCACUUAAGAAUCACCACAAUAGCUUCAGUUACGAAGAUGAUGACGAUGACGAGGAAACACGCCCGCCGUUUCACACUUCCUCCUCUUGUUCUUCUUCCCAUGCAUCUCUCCCAAGUUUCAACUCAGCAUUCCCUGAUGCGAAUCUCAAGGACGUCUGCAACAACAUGAUGAACAUCGGCCUGAAUUGGCUGCAAGAUCGUGAUGUCUGUGCGCAUGAUGAGGCAACUUCUCCAAGCUCAGUGAGCUCUCCAAAGUACUCGAAUUUCAGCUACUGCUCAAGCAAUGAAGAUGAUUACGAUACAAGUGCCCGUGGGGACCCUCAUUGCUUCGCGAAGACCCACCAAUCUACACGAUUCUGUCCUGAAGAGCGCAAUAGAGUGAACGAUAACUACCAACGGAACAAUGUGCAGUUCGACGCUCAGAGAGGUCAACAAUUCAUGAAAGGCAAGCAGAAGUUAACACGGAUCCAGUCGCUCGUGGACAUCCGGAGCCAGCUGUUGCACCGUUCUCUAGUGGAGGAGAUCAACAAGAGGCGCAUGUUCAAGACCGUCGGAGCAGUAGAAAACAUCGGAUAUCAAGAACCUUGUGACUUUGCCGGCACUUCUCGCAGAGAUAACGAGAAGCAACGAUUUUGAAUGGUGAAGUUGCUACUUCAAUUACGUGCCCAAUCGCCAUAUAUUGUAUUGGUGGCGGUUUUCCUAUUAGUUGUGUUACUUGUGUGGUUAGUAAUGCAUUGGACGAACAUGUAAGUGCUGAGUUCAUGAUGGUGCUUAUUCUGCGUGUUUGAAGUGUUUUGUAGUUCUGUGAUUGUAUGAACCUUGAGAUGUAUGCAUGGUUAUGAACCAUGAUUUGCAUGCGCUUGCAAUGUAAAAUGAUUUGCCUGCAGGCAUUAGACAUUCAGCGUUUUCCAAGGUUUACAUCUUUUAACUGAAAGGGCAAUGUUUGUGUCUGUUAGCGAUAGUAAGAAAUCUACUUGAUUGUGAAAAUCUUUCAAGAUUAUGUAUAUAUCUCAUUUGAUAA